AUGUCCGAAUACGAACGUUUCGACGCUGUCUUCCUCUCCGUUGCUCAGCAACUCUCCGGUGGCGUCCCUCAAAUGCUCGACGUUCUUUUCGACUUUCUGUCCAGGUAUUUUUUUACUAAAUACAACACUUUCGCAACAUUUUGUCUACAGAAAAACUGACUUCUACAGUGGAGCCGGAGUUGACCAGGCAAGACUACUGCUUCUGGAGAAGUUCGAUAAGCAUGGAGGAAAGGCUAUGAAAGAAGCCGAAGAAGCGAAGAAACGUAAAGAAGAGCAGGAGCGUAAACUUGCAGAGAGACGUGCGGCUCAAAAGACCAAGGAAGAAGAGGAAUUCCGUAAUGCGAAGGUUGUGGAGAUCACUGACGAGGAGGCUGCUGAGUUCGAACGUCAAAAUGCUACCAAGGACACUGUUGUUGAGCCGAAAACCAGCGAAGACGGUGAAAACGACGGAGAAGAGGAUAAUAGCCAUCUGAUCAAGCCAAACUCUGGAAAUGGGGCUGAUCUGACAAAAUAUCAAUGGACCCAGACUCUCCAGGAAGUUGAAGUUCGCAUCCCGAUCAACGCUGGCUUUGCAAUCAAAUCAAGAGACGUCGUCGUGAAGAUUGAGAAAACCAGUGUAUCCGUUGGUUUGAAAAACCAGCCGCCAGUCGUUGAAGGCAAACUGCCGAAUACGAUCAAAGUGGAAAACUGCAGCUGGGUGAUCGAGAACGGAAAGGCCAUUGUGUUGACAUUGGAGAAAAUCAACGAUAUGGAAUGGUGGAACCGCUUCUUGGACACUGAUCCACCAAUCAACACGAAGGAAGUGAAGCCGGAGAACUCGAAGCUCAGCGACCUGGACGGCGAGACGCGUGCUAUGGUUGAGAAGAUGAUGUACGAUCAGAGACAGAAGGAGAUGGGUCUGCCUACAUCCGACGAGAAGAAGAAGCACGACAUGUUGCAGCAGUUCAUGAAACAGCAUCCGGAAAUGGACUUCUCCAACGUCAAGAUGGCAUGA